AAACUCCACCCUCUUCCAACACUUACCAGGAAGAGACUGACUUAUUGUUUCUCUUUUCUGUCAUACUGACUCUCUUCUCUCUUGACAAAAGCAAUAAAGAAUCAGCAAUCAGUGGAGAAUGAAGAGAAACACUUUCAAGAAGGAUUUUUGAGACAUUUGUUUCUGAACAGAUUGUUGUGAUUUUCAAGGUGAUUCAUUUUUAAAACCGUCGUUCAGAAAGUGAAAGUAAAGUUUCUAUUGCUGGAGCUCAAACAGUGAAAAUGGCUUCACUAAAUGUUUCUGCUGAAGAGCUUUCUUGUCCCAUGUGCUGUGAAAUCUUCAAGACUCCUGUUAUUUUAUCAUGUAGUCACAGUGUCUGUAAAGAGUGUCUUCAACAGUUCUGGAGAACCAAGAAAACUCAGGAGUGUCCUGUCUGCAGGAGAAGAUCCUCAAAAGAGCGUCCUCCAAUUAAUCUUGUGUUAAAAAACUUGUGUGAGUCGUUCCAGAUGGAGAGAAGGUCUGAGGAGAUCUGCAGUUUACACAGUGAGAAACUCAAACUCUUCUGUCUGGAGGACAAACAGCCUGCGUGUUUAGUGUGUAUUAAUUCACAAAAACACAUCAGUCACACAUUCAGACCCAUCUGUGAAGUGGUUUCAUCAUAUAAGGAGGAGCUCAAUACAGCACUGAAGUCCUUACAAGAGAAACUUCAACACAAUGAAGAAAUGAAAGGAAAGUUUGAGAAAACAGUUCAACACAUCAAGUCUCAAGCUGAGCACACAGAGCGUCAGAUUAAACAGCAGUUUGAGGAGCUUCAUCAGUUUCUCAGAGAUGAAGAAGAAGCUACAAUCACUGCACUGAGGGAGGAAGAGGAGCAGAAGAAGCAGAUGAUGAAGAAGAAGCUGGAGGAGAUGAACAGACACAUCUCAGCUCUUUCACACACAAUCAAAGACAUGGAGGAGAUGAUGAAAGCCAAUGACGUCCGUUUUCUGAAGGAGUUUCCAGUCUCAAAGGAAAGAGUCCAGAGCUCACAGCCGGAUCCACAGAUGGCUUCUGGAGCUUUGAUUCAUGUGCCGCGUUACUUGGGCAACCUGCAGUUCAGAGUUUUGAAGACGAUGCAGGACAUCGCCCAAAACUCUCCUGUGAUUCUGGAUCCAAACACUGCGAAUCCAUAUCUCGUCCUGUCUGAUGAUCUGACCAGUGUGAGAAACAGCGGGAUCGAUCAACCUCUUCCUGAUAAUCCAGAGAGAUUUGACUGUUCUCUCUGUGUUCUGGGUUCAGAGGGUUUUAACUCAGGAACACACUGCUGGGAUGUGGAGGUUAAAGAGAGUCACUGGUGGACUCUUGGAGUAACUACAGCAUCAAAACAGAGGAAGGGACGUGAUUUCUUCAACACUGAUGUCUGGAGUGUGGAAUAUAGACAGUACAGAUGGGCUCCAGGUUCUAGUUUUCGUGUCAAUCAGGAUCUUGAUCGUGUGAGAGUGAAUCUGGACUAUGACAGAGGAACGGUGUCGUUCUCUGAUCCUGUAACUAACACACAUCUACACACAUUCACACACACCUUCACUCGCACACUCUUUCCAUUCUUCAGGUGUUCUGGCUCUCUGAGGAUCUUACCGGUCAGUGAUCGUUACUCCUAUAGGUCUGGAUCUUCCUGCUUUCAUCAUGUUUCCAAUAUUUAAUCCAGAUCACAUGAGUAAGAGUGCUGUUGAUCUGAAUAUCAGUACGGUGGCUGUGAUUGGGCCGUGAUGAUCACAUGACUGAUAUCAGCACUACAGCAACACUCACACUCUCAUAUUUCACAUCAACAGAUCAAUAAACAACAAGUUUAUUUAA